CGCCGCGGCGCGCGGUCAUGGCGCGAGAGCUGCGCCCGCCGAGCCGCACGUGGUGGUGUGGGUAAGAUGUGCAAGUCGGCGGUGCCGGGCGGGGAGCGGGAGACGUGGGGGAAGAAGGUGGACUUCCUGCUCAGCGUCAUCGGCUUCGCGGUGGACCUCGCCAACGUGUGGCGCUUCCCAUACCUAUGCUACAAGAAUGGCGGCGGCGCGUUCCUGGUGCCGUACUGCAUCAUGCUGGUGGUGGGCGGCAUCCCGCUGUUCUACAUGGAGCUGGCGCUGGGCCAGUUCCACCGGAAGGGCGCCAUCACCUGCUGGGGGAGGCUGGUGCCGCUUUUCAAGGGUAUCGGGUACGCGGUGGUGCUAAUAGCGUUCUACGUGGACUUCUACUACAACGUGAUAAUCGCGUGGGCGCUGCGGUUCUUCUUCGCAUCGUUCACCACCAUGCUGCCGUGGACCAACUGUAACAACGAGUGGAACACGCCGUUAUGCCAGCCGUUCGAAGCCAACUGGGAGGCUAUCCGCAUGAACCGGACUGCCCGCAACAUGACCGUCGCCACCCCCCGGCCCCACUACACUUCCGCCGCUGCUGAAUACUUCAAUCGGGAAAUCCUAGAGCUCCAAGGCAGCUCGGGUCUGCACGACCUGGGCGCGAUCAAGUGGGACAUGGCGCUGUGCCUGUUCGCCGUCUACGUCAUCUGCUACUUCUCGCUAUGGAAAGGCAUUAGCACCUCGGGCAAGGUGGUGUGGUUCACGGCGCUGUUCCCGUACGCGGUUCUGCUGAUACUCCUGGUGCGCGGCAUCACUCUACCGGGCUCGGCUACCGGCAUACAGUACUAUCUCAGCCCGAACUUCGAAGCUAUAACACAACCUCAGGUUUGGGUUGACGCAGCGACGCAAGUUUUCUUCUCAUUGGGCCCUGGUUUUGGAGUUCUACUGGCAUACGCUUCGUACAACAAAUACCAUAACAACGUUUACAAGGACGCGAUCCUGACGAGCGUGAUUAACUCGUGUACAUCGUUCGUGGCGGGUUUCGUCAUCUUCAGCGUGCUGGGCUACAUGGCGCACGCCUCGGGGAAGGAUGUCCAGGACGUGGCGACGGAGGGACCAGGUCUAGUGUUCGUUGUGUACCCAGCUGCCAUAGCUACUAUGCCAGGAUCUACAUUUUGGGCGCUGAUAUUCUUCAUGAUGCUUCUGACUCUGGGUUUGGAUAGCUCUUUCGGCGGCUCCGAGGCCAUAAUCACCGCUCUCAGCGACGAGUACCCGCCGAUCGGGCGACACCGCGAGAUAUUCGUGGCCUGUCUCUUCACCCUCUACUUCUUCGUCGGACUCACCUCAUGCACGAAGGGCGGCUUCUACUUCUUCCAGCUGCUGGACAGAUACGCUGCAGGGUAUUCUAUGCUGGUGGCCGUGUUCUUCGAAGCGAUUGCGGUUUCUUGGAUUUAUGGCACAGAACGAUUCUGCGAGGACAUCCGCGAUAUGAUCGGCUUUCGGCCUGGCCUCUACUGGCGCAUCUGUUGGCGCUUCGUGGCCCCCGCCUUCCUCCUGUUCAUCACAGUAUACGGGCUCCUGGACUAUGCCCCGCUCCAGUACGAGGACUAUGUCUACCCGGGCUGGGCUAACGCGCUGGGCUGGUGCAUCGCUGGAUCCAGUGUUAUUUGUAUCCCGACGGUCGCUAUAUACAAGAUACUGACGACUAAGGGUACCUUCUUUGAGCGUCUCACCAUCCUAACAACCCCCUACGCGGACACACAGCGGAGCGCCGUCAACGGAGUUGUUGUCUCGGAGAGCGGCGGCGUGCGACUGGCGUCCGCCGCGCCCUCCCCGGCCACGCCCCCCACCACGCCCCCCUCGCACCCCCCACACCCUGCCCUCGUCUGAGCUCAGCUCUCCUUCGACGUGUACUACGUCUAGAGUGUUCUGGAACUAUAGUGUGUUGUGGCAUUUAAGAUCUACUUCUCGCGAUAUAGACAACAUGCAUUCAAUAAUAUUGGCAGCAAAGUUACAAUAUAAAUGCAUAUAGAAUCACUCAAAACACUUAUAUUAUCAAAGCAAAAGUUUGUGAGUGUGUAUGAUUCCUAAUUUUACACAUCUUAAGGGCUAAAUCGAUUUUAAUAAAGUUUCCUAUGGAAUUAGUUGAAACCCUGGAUUAACAAUAUGCUACGUUUUACUUCAGUAAAAUAUUACAUUUUUAUAAUAAUAAACAGCGAAUAACACAGCGGGGCACCGCUAGUUUAUGAUGAAUGGUGAUGAUGAAUAAAUGAUCGCAAAUGCCAUAUAACCACUAUAUAACUCUAAAAAGCCAUCACGAGCGCGAUGUCUUUGCGGGGAAAUAAUAUUAUGUUAAAUCCCAUACAAAUAGUAUGAUCUUGAUUUCUGCUGUCGAAAUCAUUGAAUGCAAGUUGGCUAUUGCAUAAAUUGAGUAUCCUACUAAGAGAGCAUGACUUUUUAUGAGUUUCAAUGGAAAUUUCAGAUGAUGUAAUUAUAUCGAUUCUUGAGGACUGCGGGGCUAAUAUGGUCGCUUUGGAGAAUCAUAAUAUGAUUCAUUUUUUUUAUU